AUGCCACCGCGAAGAAACAAAACAUGCGUGGCGUGUAUCAACUGUUCAAAAUCGCACGUCACUUGUGAAGAUCGCAGACCGUGUUCAAGAUGCAUUAGAAAAGGUUUAGAGAAGUCGUGUGUUGACACGCCGAGAAAACGAAGAAAGUACCUUGCAGAUGUGCCUAGUGAGCAGUUAGCGAGUUCUCUGAAACGCUCCAACAAUGUGGCCGAGUCACAACACAUAGGAAAAGCCCGAAAUAUUGCACACAAGCCGCGAUUUAUGUCCAACGCGGUAGACUCCGAAUAUUCCAUCUUGUCAGAUAUCAUCCAGCAGGACGCUUUGCUUGGGAAAGUCCCAAUCGAAUUAUUAUACUCUCGAGGCAUAGAUCAACCUGGUAACGAGAUGCAGUACUCGACGCCAAAUUCCAAUUCAGCAUCUAGCGUUCCACCAGUAAUACAACCCGCAAGGGACCCACUGGACUAUUCGACUGCUACCACCGCAAGCACUGCAAUGCUGGUUCAAAGAGACAAAUACGCAAUGUUACUAGGCGACAAGGGCCGGGAAGCACUGCAACAGGAUGUCGAUAUUCUUACAAAACACUUCCCGUUCGUUCCCUUGGAAAACCCGCCCAGACCUGCUCUAAACGACCCUUCAGUCGUGAACGGCAGCAUACGACAGCAUUAUUUGAGCCACCAACUCUCGCUGUCAGAUAUAAUAGACCGAAUCAAAACUGAUGACGAGUUCGUGUCGCUAGCAUUGGAUGUGACGUCUCAGGAACAACGUGCUGUGCAAAACUUCCCUGAAAUUCAACAUACGCUGCGUUAUGAAACUCCAUUGGAAAUAUACACCCUCAUAUCGAGUCCUUUUUCGCAUACUUCCGGGUUCCACUCUCUGCUUCAAUAUCUGAGGUCGCGUUUCAACAAAGCCGACAUUUUAGAAAUGUGCCGAUCGCUUGCUGAGUUCCGACCCACGUUCAUUGCAAUUGCCGUUACACUGACGGAAGAAGAUAUGAUUUUCAUGGAGCAAUGCUAUCAAAGAACGCUUUUGGAGUACGAUCAGUUUAUAUCGCAGGUCGGCACUCCGACCUGUGUUUGGCGACGGAAUGGCCAGGUAUCAUACGUGAAUGACGAGUUUUCUCUCUUAACAGGCUGGUCCAGACUGGAUUUAUUGUUCAAGAUGACUUUUAUUGUGGAGCUUAUGGAUGACGAAAGUGUCCGUGAGUAUUUCAAGACGUUCAACCGUGUUGCAUAUCAAGAUUUCAAGGGCAGCGAGCGAAUGAGAACAUGCAGGCUUUUGACACCAAUCAGACAUCGGGUGAUUGAAUGCUGUUGUAUUUGGACCUUGAAAAGAGACGUUUUUGGGUUACCUUUGAUGAUUAUUGGUAACUUCAUGCCACUAUUAAACGAAGCGCAAAGCUGA